AUGGACACAGAAUACUUCCCCACUGCCGGCCCUACCAUGUACGCAUUCGAUCCAUGGUACAAUGAACUGGCUGGAGAGAGAUCUCAUCACCUCCAGCUUGCCAACCAAACCAUCGAAGCCAACCUAAGCGUCGAAGCCUUCUCGUAUUUUUCCCACCACGAGUCCCAAGAUUACCUCAGGAUGCAUCGAGCUGCCCAUCAGCAUCCCCUUUACCAAAACGCUACUCGUGACCGCGGUGAUCUCUUCCAUUGCCCAUUCCGAGUCCUUGGUAAAUGCAAGCAUGAACCACAAAGCAACAGAUAUAAGUUCUUCGACGCAUUAGAUGCCCACUUCAAGCCAUUUCAAUGUAACAAGGGAACCUGUCAGGCACGAGAAUUCGGCAGCAUAAAAGCUCUUCGCAACCAUGACAACGAGUUUCAUACUCGUCACACUUCCUGGUAUUGUCCCUACCCCAACUGCCUGGACAGCAUGAAAGAAUUCACCCGCAAGGGCAGCCUAAAAACUCACAUGCAUCGUGCCCAUGGCGAUACCGGGGAAGGCCGAGAGAGAGCCAGAGCUGUUGAAGCUAGAAGGCCUGAUGAUGGUGAUCAAUCUCCCCGGCCAACGAGUUGUAAGGAAUGGGUCUUCAUUCGAGAACCAGGAAUGAAACCAGCCGCCGAGUUUGGCCCCUCUGCCGGAGAAGAGCUUGAGUCUAUCACGAGCAUGCCGACCAAAGCAUCAAAGCCAACCCAAGCGUCGAAGCCUCCUCAGAUUUGGGGGGGGUUUCUCGACCGUACGAAGAUCCCGUUUAUCAAAGAGUUGAGGUUGGCUCAGAUGGUCUCUACCAUUGCCCAUACGAGAAAGAAGCUGGAUGUGGACGCAAGCAUCCACCACGUACAGAAAAGAAACAUUUACUCCCCUUCAUCGCUCUACACCUUGAGCUGUUUAAAUGUUCCGAGCAAGACUGUAAUGGUCGGGCAUUUAGAUCCAGAUCCGAGCUUCGCCGACAUAACGCGAGCUCUCAUGGGAUAG